UCAGUCUAGCGAGCAAAUUGUUGUUGCUGGUGGGUGGCAUGCAGCAGCCGAAGUCGGGCUUGAGGAAAACAUGAAUACAAGGAAUUCGGGUAAACGCAUUUACUCUUGGUAUGGAAGAGCCAUCUCUUUUGAUAAACAACUACAGAUCUCCAAUUAUGGGGGAAUGUGUAUUAAAUCAGGAAAAAAUACAACUGAAACCCGCAUUUUUCCUGGAGAGUUUAUUUUAAUAGAGGGUGAGAACACAGAGCAGAUUCUCGUGGCAAGACUUCUAAAAUUAUAUGAAGAUGGUUCUAAGGAAAAACAUGCAAUUGUUCAGUGGUUUUCUCAUAUUGAAGAAAUACCUCUCUAUCAACGCAUAAAUUUAGGAAAAGAGGAUUCUCAGGAGAUAUUUUUAAAUGAAAAUCCUGAGUGGGAUACUGACAUACUCAUUACAUCUAUCAUUAGUAAUGUCACGGUUAUCCCAGUGUCACCGAGUGAAGUGCUUCCCGCUGUGCUUCACAAUAAAGAGAUGCUCUUUGUGAGGGAGUCGUGGAGUGGCAAAAAGUUUAAACCUUUGUUGUCUAGCUUAUUGGCAGAGCUGAAAGAUUCUAUGAAAAUGAAGAGUGAUGCUGUGAACGUUGCAGCUGAAUACCAAGUGACCCCCCCACGUACCACUUGCUCUGCAGAAGCAAAAACCAGGAGGGUGACUCAAAGUACCAAGAAUGAGAUGGAAGCAGAAUCAAAACAUUCAAAUGCCAAGUCAUCCUUGUCUAAGGAAAGAUGUUCACAAAGAGUGGCCAAUAGCACCAACACCCCAGCAGCGAAGAAAAAAUUACAGCUAAACAGUCCUACCAAAUUUCCAAGAAGUAUAUUCAAUGAACAAGAUGUUAUUGAGCUUCUAGACUUUAACUUCACUGAGUCCCUGGAUCACUCACCACUUAAACGCAAAGUCACAUUCACUGGCAUUAAAGGCUCACCUCCCAAAGUAUCUUGUCCUACUGAUGAAGACAAUCAGUUUCAGAACACUGAGCCAUUGGGAGACACAUCAGAGAGAUCUAAUGCAUGUGUAUUAUCUUCUUCCGAGAGGAACCAAGAUACCACUUGGAAAACCAGGAUUUUUGCCGUGAAGGACAAUGCUGGAGAGAGUACAGAUGACAGGGAUAAGAUUUGCAAGACAUCCAAAAACUCAGUGAAGCAAGUUGCAACACUCAAGAGCAAUCCUAACCAGCAAGUUCCGGAUGAAGAGCAAGAAUCAGAUGCCAGGAGUAAAGUGAUGACUUCUUCUCAAAGGAACUGUACACGGAGGACUCUUCUUUCUCGAAGGAAAUGUGCACAGAGGACUGCUGUUCGCAUUGCAAAACAUCUUAAUAUUUUAGAUUCAUCUGGGGAGGAAGAUGAAGAAAAGUACUUCCCUCUAGUGAAAGUUUCUGAUUCCAGUAGCAGUGAUGAUGAAGACAUAAAGGUGUUUCAAACACCCAAAAGGCAAAUAAGGUCUACUCCAAAUAUUACAAGAAAAGAAUCUUCUGGGACUCCUGCCAAAACUUCAAGGAAAACACCUCAACCAAGAACUCCCAAGACUCCACGUAAUGCUUCUCCCAAAAUUCGCAGCCGAAAUCAAACAACGCAAAAGCCAGCAAAUGUGCUAGAAGAGGCUAGGAUAAGGCUGCAUGUUUCUGCUGUCCCAGAGUCCUUGCCCUGCCGUGAAAAGGAAUUCCAGGAUGUCUAUAACUUCAUAGAAAGCAAGCUCCUUGAUGGAACAGGAGGGUGCAUGUACAUUUCUGGAGUUCCUGGAACAGGAAAAACAGCAACAGUUCAUGAGGUCAUUCAUUGUCUCCAACAAGCAGUAGAAAAUGAUGAGCUACCAUCUUUCCAGUUCAUAGAGAUCAAUGGCAUGAAGCUGACAGAGCCCCAACAAGCCUAUGUGCAGAUUCUAAAAUUACUGACAGACCAGAAGGCAACGGCUACCCAUGCUGCAGUGCUGCUAGAGAAGAUGUUCUGCAAACCUAGUCCUAAAAGGAAAACCACAGUACUUGUUGUGGAUGAGCUUGACCUCUUGUGGACCCAAAAACAAAAUGUGAUGUACAGUCUCUUUGAUUGGCCAACGCAGAAGGGUUCCAAGUUGAUCGUUUUAGCCAUUGCUAACACUAUGGAUCUGCCAGAGAGAAUCAUGAUGAACCGAGUAGCUAGCAGGCUGGGCCUUACCAGAAUGUCCUUCCAGCCAUAUACCUACAAACAGUUACAGCAGAUUGUUUCCUCCAGGAUGGCCCAAGUGAAAGCAUUUCAAGAGGAUGCUAUUCAGUUAGUUUCUAGAAAGGUGGCUGCUCUGUCUGGUGAUGCAAGACGUUGCCUUGAUAUAUGUAGAAGGUCUACUGAGAUCUGUGAACUCUCUAAUCAGAAGAGUAGCUCUGGACUGGUCACCAUGACACACAUCAUGCAAGCCAUGGAUGAAAUGUUCUCAUCACCCUAUAUACAUAUAAUUAGGAAUGCGUCCUUGCAGGAGCAAAUUUUCCUGAAAGCAACUAUAGCAGAAUUUCACAGGUCAGGACUAGAAGAGGCUACUUUUUUUCAGCAGGUAUAUCACCAGCAUGUUGCACUGUGCAGGAUUGAAGGCCUGAAAACUCCUACUGUAUCAGAAAUAAUGGCAAUUUCCUCUCGGCUUAGUGCCUGUAGACUCUUGUUAGCAGAAUCUAAUAAUAAAUAUCUACACGGCCGAAUUCGACUUAAUGUUAGCCAAGAUGAUGUUAUGUAUGCACUCAAGGAAGACUAA